AUGGCAAACCAAUCCCUCAAAAAAGUAAUAGAAACUUCAUCCGAGAAUGGGCACGAUUUGUUAUCUUGGAUAACCACCAAAUUAGAAAAGCUCAUAUCUAUAAAGGACACUAGUGAGACUGAAUUACAGGAGGUAAAAAACAUACACGCUCAAUUAGAUGAGUUUAUAAGAUAUACCACUGCACUCGAAAAUACAAAUGAUUUGGAGCUCCAUUCAGUGUUUAUCAGUUUGUCUCAACUCUAUACGAUGUCCAUAUGGCGCUUAAAGGACGAAUACUCUGGUGUAGUUUUUGAUUCUGCUGCAUUUUUAACUAAUGUGUUGUGCGAAGAAGAUGUCUCGAUUGAUGAUGGGGAAAACGACCCUAAUUACAAGAAAAAAAAGAAGAAAUCAGCCACUAGAAAGAAAAAGUACGUAUAUACACCAGCAAAGGAUAUUGCAUGUACCGUACUUGUCCAAUUAUUCGAGAAUUUUGGUGGUAACAUUUCUUCUUUAGUUCCGUUGCUAUUCAACGUAAUUUUCAAAAACCUGAAAAAAAUUAUGGAAAAAAACAAGUAUCACCAUGCUACCUUCAUGACAACCCUUCUUCAACUUUUUAAUGCGAUUCUGAGGAAUUCUAACAAUGACGAUAAAAUUUUGGAUUCGACCACAUAUACCAAAUUUUCGAAAUUAUCCAAAGCCGUCUUCGACAGCAUUUCUACUGAUGAGAAAGAUUUCUCGGUUAAUUUUGUAUCUGUACUAAUAGAAUGUUGGACUGCCCACUUCAAACAAACUGCUUUUAUUCGAGAACAUUCCCAUGAUAUUUUGGAAACGAUAUAUUCUCGAUUUACGGAAGGUGAGAUAGGUGUUUAUGGUUUUGCGAAUGAUACAACUCGUAUCUUCACUGCAAAGACAUUAGCUGAGGUUUUAUUUGAUUAUUACUUUUCAAAAAAAAUUAUCACCUUACAAGAAAUAUGGUCUAUUUAUGUUAGAAUCUUCCUAAACUGCGGUACGCGAGAUGUGGAAAGUGGUUGCUUUGAAUCUAUUAUCCAUUUAAUUAACUUGAAUUUAUUAGCUGACGAUGCUUUCUUGAGUAACUCCAACUAUUUAGAUAUAGUACUAUCUUUAAGCCGCGUCUUCAGUAACUAUGAAGUGAAUAAUAGAAGCAUGAAUACAUUAUCAAGAUACUUGAGAUACUUCCAACAAAUGCAUAAGAUAAUACUUCCCCAUUUGAGUGACACUUCAAAAACCCAAGUGUUGUAUCAUCUUCUAGGUUGUUCAGGGUCUUAUCAAGGCUCUUCUAAAGAUGAUUCAGCUAACUGUAUAAAGUAUAGUAUCGAUGCUAAGCCCGAAACACAGUGGACUACAUUAUUACAACUUGACUUGACGCAUUUUUUAAUAGAGGAUUUAAGUUCUACGUUUGCCACCGAAGAACGUACUGUUAAGGAAAUUAGAGAUAAAUUAGUUGAAUUAGCCACGUGUGAAAUCUUCACAAUACGUGUUCACACAGUGGAGAUUUUGAAGACUUUCUUGAAUAAUUGUCCAGAAUAUCUUUCGGAAACCAUUGAAAACUCUCUACAUGCUUUGUCUUCCGAUUUUAAAUCCACAGAUAAAUUUGUUUUUUAUAAAAAUCAUGGGCAUGCUUUUAUUAUAGCGAACCUAAUUAAAGAUGCUGAGAGUGACUAUAUUUCCUAUGAUUUAAUCAUGAGAAUUACAGUUUUUUCCACAUCAUUCAUUAAAAAUAAUACUACGUCCACCUCUUCUAACUUAUACUUCAAAGGUCUUUUGUGCUGGAUAUUAUUAAUAGGACUGAUGAAUUACAAAGAUGAACAGUAUUUAAAACUACAGAUUCCUCAAUUAUUUCUUUUCUGGAAAGUCCUAUUAACGCAUACUUACACAUACCACGACGAAGAUGAACUGUACAAAAAUCUAGAGAUCCGAAACCAUGCUUUGACCUGUUUAUUGACGUAUUUAAGUAAUACGCAAAUUGAUAAAGACAUGGCCAAGCAAGUAUCGUAUUUAUUGACUAAGUGCUCCAAUUUCAACCAUUCUAUUGAUUUGAAAUCAAAAAACAUUGAUAAUGCAUUAUUGCAUAAUGAGAACAGAAUUUUACAAGUUUACCUCAAGCUGGAAAAAUACAUAAAUAGCGAUUUUAAUAGUUCUUUACUAAUAUUAAUCGUAAAGAACUUUUCAGAUCCAAAUCUUUAUACAGAUUCGAGCACUUCCAUUCUGAGCAGCCUAAAAGAUAUCCGUAACAGAAAAGUAGGUAAAAAGGACGACAUUGAAAAUGAUGCGGUGUUAGAAUCGUCAAUUAAUACUUUACUCCGUCAAAACAACGGGUUUGCAUAUGGCCUCUCAAGCAAGAUAACUGGGGAAUGUAUUGCGAAUUUAUCGAUGUCCACUACUUAUAGAUUCAAUGAACCAAUAAGUGGAAGUUGGCCAUCCAAGAAUUAUAAUUGGUACAAUGCUUUUGAGCUAGAAGUGACAAAGCCGAUUUCUCCUAUUUUAUCAUUGGAUUCAUUAAUUCUUCUAUAUGGAUCUGGGUCUUAUUCAAAAAUCGAUUGUUAUGCACCUCAAGUAACUACAUCUCUGAUUGACUCUUCCAUGGAGCUUUUUUCAUCUGUAUUCCCCUUUCUGAAUAGUAAAAUACAGUACUCGGUAAUGGAAACUUUGAAUUUAUCUAUGUUUUCUAAGAUGACUACGCCAUUAAGAAGUGUGGCAAUUGCUGCCAACGUUUUUAGUGCUCUGCAUAGUGCCCUACGCAUAAUGCAAGAGAAAAAUUUAGAGUUGGACUAUUCAGUAGGGCAAUUAAUUAUUGAAUCGAUAAAAAAGGUUCAGUUUUUUAAUGACACUUUUUUGACAAAGAUCAAGGCAGACUGUGUAGGAUUAGUUACAGCCGCUAUCGCAAGAACAUUUAACGAUGAGGAAAAACAAAGGUUCCUUGCAGAGCAGUCAAGAAUUUUCAUUAAGAAUGUCGCCGAUAUGGAUGAACCAUACUUGCGGAUGUUUCAUGUCCUUUCACUGGCCACAAUCUUCAAAUAUAACUCACAAUAUGCUAACUUUGAAGCAUCCUUUGACGUCAUUUUUGCAUUGAUGAAGGAUCCCCAUCCGGUUGUUCAUUCAUGGUCAUUAAAGGCAAUGCAUGUUCUCCUUGAAAAGCACUUAGUGAUUGAUUUGAAAACAGCAGCUGCGCUAUUAAGCUCCAUGGAAGAAUUGUUAAUGAACGAUAAGUAUGGUGUCUAUGGACACUCCACUCUUCGUUGUAACUAUAAUAGGGAGUUCAAUUCUCACGUAGCAAUUGGUGAAAUUUCAAGGACAUUGACGGAAACUGUGGGGCCGAAUUUUCUCGAACUUAAUGCUAAGGUUCUUGAUUCAUUCAGGAAUAUAACUCUCUCUUUGUUAAUUUCCAAUAAUAUUCUCAACAGCAUAUCCAGCAUCAAAAUGUUUGAAAACUUAGCUGCUUUUAAAAUGAAAAAUAUUUUGAACUACAGAAUCUUUAUAUCUUCUUCUAAGAGUAUAAUUAAAAGCUCAAUUGUCACAGGAAUAGGGUCAUCAUAUUUUGAUACUACGUUUACGGGGUCAAAUGAACUUAUUUCGCGCACUUCAAGUUUGAAAAGUGCUUUUGAAAACUUUGACUUAUUCACGUUGUUGUACAGAUUACAGAUGGAAGAUUUUUUUAUGAAAGAAAUGGAAAAUCUGAGCUGGAGGUAUCUAGCCCUUUUCCCCAGUUCCCGCUCGGUUCAGGAUUACUUUACUGAAUGGAUUCUGCAUACUCUCAGAAAAGACAAACAUUGGUUUGAUAAAUUAUACUCAAUUUUCCAUAUGAGUUUAGGAAGACUGUUCCAAAGCUAUUACAGAGAUGUGUCAGUUUUAUUAGAGCUAAACGGUCUAAAAAAAUCUUCAGAAAAAGAAAUAAAAGGCGAAGAAGAGGAAUCUAUAGCGAAUGUGAACCAGUUAGCGGACACGAAUGUCAACGAUCUUGGUUCUGAAAACCUUCAGUGGAAGAGUAGACAGAUUAUUUUGAAUUUGAUAUUAAUGUUGUGUUUAGAAUCCGAAAAAUGUGAUAAUCUGCUUCUUGCUCUCAGUAGCAAAAUUGCGGAUCUCAUUAAAAUAUCAUUCCUUGGGUCCACAGUGAGGAAUGAGGGCAUGAAACUAACAGGACUACAUCUUUUGAAUUUUGUUCUUCGGAACUACUCGUCCAUGAGGGAUCCUCAGAUUCCUGAAUCGUCGAUUUUAGAGCAACAAGAGGCGCAAAUAACUAGUGCAUUGAUGCCUGCAUUUAGUAAGGGAAGCUCACCUACCGUAAUGUCUUUUGCUAUCACCGUUGCUGCUGAAGUGUUGGCAUCUAAUAUCAUGCCACCAAAGGAAUUAGGAAGAAUCUCACAAUUACUAAUCGAUCUUCUUGGUAGCUUCAAAGAUUCUACGUCCGGUAUACGGAUAGGUGAGGCUACCGUUGUUACGCCUAAGGCGAAAAAAAAAAUUGAACUUGCCGUUUUGGACGCAUGGGCUGAGAUUGUACAAAGAUCCAUUACCUCAUCAAAUGAAGCACUUGUCUCUUUCACGAGAAAGUAUUGGAGCAUUUUAGUUCCAUUAUGGAUAAUUUCUCUACGUGAGUAUAUGAUGAUAAAAUAUAACGGCAAUGACUGUGCAGUGCAAUUAAGGAAUCAAUCAAAAGAAGAUGACCUUUUGGAACUAAGAAGUACAAAAAUUGAAUUAUAUGAACCAGUCUGGUUAAACUUUGUAGAGGCACUUGGAUGCACGCUUGAUUCAGAUGUUAGCAUUUUUUUGGCAUCUCUCAAUGGUGAGGAAUUGGAAUAUUUUCUCUUUAUUUUGUUUUGCCAAUGCUUGGAGGCAAUCGUCAAGAAUAUUGAUGAUCAUUCAGUUAAGAUGCAGGUUUUACCUGCUUUGCACAACGUUUUGAAAAGUAACCUCUGCAUAAAGAGCAUAUUUGAAGAUGAUAUUAUCACUGAAGUUGUUGGAAUUAUGGAUAGAUUGAUCUCUACAGGUGACAGCCAUGAAGAAUUUAUACUCGUUGAUAUUAUCAGUGACUUGAUCAUUGGCUAUUCAAAGUGCAAUUCAACACCAGAAACAUUUUUACAAGAUAUCGACAAACUAUAUGAAUUGUUGCGACUACUGAUGAUGAUUAUAUCGGAGAGGUUGCCAUUUAUCAAGUACAAUGUGUUAAGCAGCGAAGAAAUGAAUAGUGAAUCAAAAAUCUCCCCAACUGAUAUCAAUUUACUGAAGAAAACAUUUAUUGCGUUUGAGUCGAAUAUUAGCAACUUCGAUAAUCUGUUUAAAUUAGAUCUUUAUUCCUGUCUUCUAUUUAUCAUAGGGAAAAUUUAUGAGUGCAAUGAUCGCGAAGUAAUAGUUCCAAUCAUACUUCCACUUUUCAAAGCAUUAGUAAAGGCACUUACGGAGUCCCAAGAUGAGAAAAGUACUUCACUUCUGGAAAUAUUUUACGGAUCAAUCAAAGAUGUGAUCUAUCAUAAGUUGAGUUUAAAUAACAAGGUGGCCACCAUUUUGAUUUUACUAUCUAAUGGAUACACCAAGUUAAGUUGCCAAGAACUGGGUGACUGCGCAGAUGUCCUUUCAAAAGGAUUAGAUGAUGCCACUACACGGCCCAUUGCCUUACAAGGUUUUAAAAGAAUAAUAUCAAAUGUUUUUAAAUACCCACUGUUACAGUACUUAAUGAAGUUAGUCGUAAAAGGAUUUUUCCAGGAUAUCCAAGCAAACGAAUCUUCAUCGUUAGCAGAUAUUAAAGUAAAGUUAAUAGUUCAAUUUACGGAGGAGGUUAUCAAACAAGAUAAUUCAAAGGCAUCAUUGUCAAUUGCUUUAUGUUUGUCUUUCUUUUCCGUAUAUCAUAGUGCCUAUGUGGACAAAGUGGACGACGAAAUUGCGAGCCACAUAAUGACUUUGGCCAAGUUGGACAAAGAUUCUUUCAAGGAUGCUAUUACGAAUAUUCUAAAUCCUCAACAAAAAGCGAUUGUAGGUUCCGUAAUGAAGGCAUAUGUUAAAGCAGAAUCUUUGGGGUCUGUCGAAGAAGCUUUUCAAUUAAAAUCUUUUGACUAA